AUGGGAUGGUUGACGUUUGCCCCAGUACCUACAGCCACAGUCCUCUAUUUCGGCAUCACAACGAAUCAGGUUGAUUGGUUUUCGAUGAUCUACAUGGGUGUCGGUCUUCCGGCUGGCUUCGUCGCUAUAUGGAUUUGUGAUGGCAUUGGUCUUCGCAAAUCUACUUGGAUAACUAUCGCCUUUUAUUUUGUCGGCGCAGUCUUGCGUGUUGGAUCUCUCGGAUUCAAGAGCUACGAUGAAAACGGCGACUUCAUUCCUUGCGAAAAAUGCUUCCCCGUCGCGCUUAUCGGAACAGCUCUAAUGGGAAUAAGCCAGGCGUUUGUCGGUGUUCUUCCAACUCUUAUGGCUGCCAGGUGGUUUGAAGAUAAAGAGCGUCUUCUUGCAAAUUCGAUUGCUUCGCUGUCCAUUUGCAUUGGUUUGAUGGUCGCAUCUAUUGCAGCUCCACUAAUAACAAAAGGACCGGAUGAUCUUUUCUUUGAAGGAAUCUUGUUUUCAUUGCCAGUUAUUGCUGCGGCUCCAAUUGCCCUCUGCAUUCCUUCUGAUGGAAUUUUACCAGCGCCGAAAACCAUGCCAUUUUUUGACAGGCUCAGACUUUUGGCAUUCGAAGGUGGCUGGGAGUUCUCCGCCGCUGUUUUGCUUGGUGCAAUCCGAAUUGGCCACAACUCAAUGGUUCAAAGUCUCAUCGUUCAGCUUCUCUGCCCGGCUGGCUAUUCUAACAUCUUCAGCUCGACGAUUUGCGCCACCCUUAUUAUUGGCCCUGGGGUUGCUUUCAGCAUGUUCCUGACGAGAAUGAUCGGCGGAACCGAGCAUCAUGCCUUGACUGCCAAAAUUUGCGCCGCCAUUUCAAUCGCUUCGAAUGUCGCUUUCACGUUUGCGAUGAAAGUUCCCGAGCAAGAGAUACUCAUUGCAUCCCUUUGCGUUGUUUAUGGAAUGUCGACGCUUGUUCUUCUUCCGCUGGCUUGCGAGAUGGCUGCGGAAACUGCUCAUCCUGUUGGUGGAGGCACCGCUGGAGGAUUGGUAACAAGUCUAGGGGAGAUAAUUGGGCCGAUUUUCAUCUUUCUGAGCGGGCUUGUUCCGACAGGCUUUACACCAGAGGGGUCUACUUGCUUUGAAGAUCAAGCCUUGAAAAAGUUUACCAAGCGCAUGAAAAAGCUUUUAUCACUAUUCGCCUUUGGAGGCGUACUCGGCCAAGAUAUCGACUUCGCUGACGUCUUCGAUCAUGUCUGCGAUGAGACUUCUAUGACCGCUACAAUCCGUGAACGAGAUCUCAAGAAAUUGGGUACAUGGGGCGAUGACUUCUCAAAGAUCACACUCAACGAGGGAUGCCAGGGCGUACCAGACGAAUACGGAAACAUUCUGUUCAGCGCUGGUUCUCUUCAGAAGCUUCCUCUUGAGUGUGGAACUCAGUACUGGGACGACGGCUCUGGGAAGAUCACUUUCUGGAACGUGGUUCAGUUCACACCACCUAAUGAUGGCUCUCCCAUCACCAGAGACGCAGAUGGACUUUACAACUUUACCUGCGUGUACGAUAUGAGCGUCAACGAUGAUACCUUUGAGCUUUCACUCAAGCACAAGGUUGUUGCUGCUCCAGUCGAUACAAUCUGGUUCGAGGGUCAAACUGCCGAAGGAAAGUUCCGAGCCACCAUGGAGCUCUUCAAGGAUAGCUCCUACGAAGAGUCAUUCAUGGGAUCAUCUGUCAUGCUUUCAGUCGAGCAGCGACUUUACGUCGAUGUGACACUCGAAGCUAAGGAUCCUGAAGUCGUUCUUAACGUCCAACGUUGCUGGGCUACACCUACGACUGAGGCCGACGCUCCUGUUCGACACACAUUGAUCUACGAGGGUUGCCCAACUGAUCCUACAGUUGUUCUCCGAGACGAUGCUCCCGAUGCCAACUCUGCUCGAUGGGAAUCUCAAAUGUUCCAGUUCGUCGACGAGGCUCAGGUCUGGCUUCACUGCGAUAUCCAAGCUUGUGACUCUCGACGAUUCUCUUGCGAAAACACCUGCGAGGAUCGAGAGCGACGAGAAAUCCAAGAAAUCUUCUCUGGAUCUCGUCAUCCACGAGCCGUCUCAACCCCCAAUGCCAGUGGAACUGGAAUGUACAACCCUAACAUUCUCACCGUCGGACCUCUUCGAUCCCAGGAGCGAUGGGCUGAUUCUACCAUUGGCACUGAGACGCAAGCUUUGAAAUGGAUUGUUGCCGUCGGAGUCAUCAUCAUUGCUGCUCUUAUUUCUGGCAUUGUCUAUUUCUGCAAGUUCCGAGAUUCUGCCUCCGUCAAGCCAAAAGCGCGAGCUAACAACGACUGGCAAUUGUACGGUGCUGGCGGAAAGCCAGUUGGUGCCCAAAACAAUGGUGCCAAGGCUCCUCGAAAUUGGUAA